GCUCGGCGGAGGACCGCGCCUGCGCCCUGCGACGAUGUAGAAGGCCGCGUGUGCUUCAGGGUAUACUCCUCCCGCGGGCGUGAAUACCGGCGCACCGCAGGCAUGGUGCACUGCAGUUGCGUGUUGUUGAGAAAGUAUGGAAACUUCAUCGAUAACCUAAGACUCUUCACCAGGGGAGGAAGUGGUGGAAUGGGUUAUCCUCGUUUAGGUGGAGAAGGUGGAAAAGGUGGUGAUGUCUGGGUAGUAGCCCAUAAAAAAAUGACUUUAAAACAACUUAAAGACAAAUAUCCUCAGAAGCGGUUUGUGGCUGGAGAAGGAGCAAACAGUCGGGUUAGUGCACUGAAAGGUUCCAAAGGAAAAGACUGUGAAAUUCCUGUACCUGUGGGUAUUUCAGUAACUGAUGAAAAUGGUAAAAUUAUAGGAGAACUCAAUAAAGAGAAAGACAGAAUUUUGGUAGCUGAAGGAGGUCUUGGUGGUAAAUUCAUUACAAAUUUUUUACCAUUGAAAGGCCAGAAACGAAUAAUUCACCUUGAUCUAAAACUUAUAGCUGAUGUAGGCCUAGUGGGAUUCCCAAAUGCUGGAAAAUCCUCUUUGCUAAGUCAGAUUUCUCACGCAAAACCUGCAAUUGCAGAUUAUGCAUUUACAACAUUAAAGCCUCAACUUGGAAAGAUUAUGUAUAAAGAUUUCAAACAGAUAUCAGUAGCUGAUCUUCCUGGUUUAAUAGAAGGAGCACAUAUGAACAAAGGAAUGGGCCACAAAUUCCUCAAGCAUAUAGAAAGAACUAAACAACUGCUUUUUGUUGUUGAUAUUUCUGGAUUUCAGCUUUCUUCUCAAACUCGGUACAGAACUGCCUUUGAAACCAUAAUACUGCUUACAAAAGAGUUGGAAUUGUAUAAAGAGGAACUUCAGACAAAACCUGCACUCCUGGCAGUAAAUAAAAUGGACUUACCAGAUGCACAAAAUAAAUUCCAUGUACUGAUGAACCAACUCCAGAAUCCUAAAGACUUUCUGCAUUUAUUUGAAGAAAACAUGAUUCCAGAAAGGACAGUAGAGUUCCAACAUAUCAUCCCCAUCUCUGCAGUUACCGGAGAAGGAAUGGAUGAAUUAAAGAACUGCAUCAGAAAAUCUCUGGAUGAACAUGAAAAUGAGGAAAAUGAUGCAUAUCAUAAGAAACAGUUGCUUAAUUUACAGAUUUCCAAUACAAUAUCUUAUAGUGAGCCACUAUCAGAGAAUGCUGUUACUAGUUCUAUAAAAUAGAUACAAUUUAAAUCUAUUCAAAGUGAUACUGAAAUUGUGUUCAUUUGAAAGGUUUUUCACAGACAUAUAUAUUUUAGAAUGUUAGUUAUUACUAAACUUCUGAUAUAUACUCCAUCAUUUGAGAACCAUAUCUUUUUAAGUUGUUUUAUAAUUAAGUGUCUCAACAGUAAAGAAGUGACUGAAAGCUAAAAUGACAGUUUAUAAUUUUAUGGCCAAUCCGCCUAUAAUAAAAUCCUCUGAUAGUCCCG